AUGGGACUAAACGACAGCAGCCCGGGAGCCAUGCGGAACGGCCGUGGCCUCUCAGAUCAGUGGGCUGAAUCAGUGGUGGUCCGGCCUCGAACCACUGAGCGCCACAUAACGGUGCACAAGCGCCUGGUGCUGGGCUUUGCCCUCUCCAUACUUACCCUCAUUAUCGUAACAGCAGUGGCAGUGGUGCUCAGUGUCCGAUUUGAGGACUGUGGUGGACGAGACCGCGAUGGAACGACUGGGGAGUCGAGUUCCCGAGGCCCCGGAGGGUCUGCAAAGCUAAAUGGGAGCAGAGGGGAAAGGACGGGGGAGAGAGGGGACGAUGAGGUGGUCCAGCCAUGGAGAAACUCGCGACUACCGGGCUCGGUGAGGCCUCGGCACUACGACCUGCGGCUGGCCGUCUACAUGGACAACUUCACCUUCUCCGGAGAAGUCAGCAUUGAGCUGGAGUGCAUCAAUGCCACCCGCUUCAUUGUGCUGCAUGCUGAUCGCUUAGAGGUGGAGCGGGUGACAGUUACCGCUGAGGGCGGUGCUGGAGGUCGACCUUCUAACAGGCCUGGGGGUGGAGUCAUGCGCAUCCACCGGCAUUUCCCCUUCCCAGCCAAUCAGAUGUAUGUCGUGGCACUGCACCGUGAGAUGAAGCCGAUGAGGGUUUACCGGUUGAACGUGAGCUUUGAUGCUGCCAUCGAGGAUGAGCUGCUGGGGUUCUUCAGGAGCUCGUACACCAUGCAGAGAGAGAGACGCUACCUGGCAGUGACUCAGUUCAGUCCGAUCCAUGCCCGGAAGGCCUUCCCCUGCUUCGACGAGCCUGUCUACAAGGCCACGUUCUCCCUCACCCUCCGCCACGACCCCCAGUACACCUCGCUGUCCAACAUGCCGGUGGAGAGCAGCUCGCUGUCGGACGAGGAUGGCUGGGUGACCAAUCACUUCGCCCGGACUCCCCGCAUGUCUACGUACUACUUGGCCUGGGCUGUUUGCAACUUCACCUACAGAGAGACGCAGACGGACAGCGGUGUAACGAUCCGUCUCUAUGCCCGGCCAGAUGCCAUUUUGAGCGGAGCAGGGGACUACGCCCUCCACAUCACCAAGAGGCUCCUCGGAUUUUAUCAGGACUACUUCAAAGUCCAGUACUCUCUGCCCAAACUAGACUUGUUGGCCGUGCCCAAACACCCCUAUGCCGCCAUGGAGAACUGGGGGCUGAGCGUCUUCGUGGAGCAGAAGAUCCUGUUGGACGCAGAGGUGUCGUCAUCAUCCUAUCAGAUGGAACUCACCAUGGUGGUUGUCCACGAGAUCUGUCACCAGUGGUUUGGCGAUCUGGUGACUCCGGUCUGGUGGGAGGAUGUUUGGUUAAAAGAAGGUUUUGCUCACUUCUUCGAGUACGUCGGCACCGACUUUCUCUUCCCAAAGUGGAACAUGGAGAAGCAGCGUUUCUUGACUGACGUCCUUCAUGAGGUGAUGCUAUUGGAUGGCUUGAGUUCCUCCCAUCCCAUCUCUCAGGAAGUGGAACAGGCGACGGACAUUGACCGAGUCUUUGACUGGAUUGCCUACAAAAAAGGGGCGGCACUGAUCCGGAUGCUGGCUAACGUGAUGGGGCAGCCGCUGUUCCAGAAAGGACUCAAUGAUUAUCUGCUGAGUCACAUGUACAGCAAUGCAGCCAGAGAUGACCUGUGGAGGAAACUGACUCAGGCCAUGCACUCAGAGGGCCGGGACAUUGAUAUCGGAGAGAUGAUGGACAGGUGGACUCUACAAAUGGGCUACCCUGUUGUCACCAUCAGUAAGAACCAAUCAGAGCAACUGCCUACAUAUUACAUCACAGUCAGCCAGGAGCACUUCCUGUAUGGAGAGGAAGUCAGAAAAAACAACAGUUUACAAUGGCAGGUUCCACUGACAGUCGCUGCAGGAAACGCAUCCGCUGUUUGUUCAGAGUCUCUCAUCUGGAUCAACAACAAGACAGAAACCCACAGGAUUGGUCAGAUGGAUGACAACACGUGGUUGGUAGGCAACAUCAAUCAGACCGGCUACUUCCGUGUGAACUACGACCUGCAGAACUGGAAACUGCUGAUUCAGCAGCUCCACACCAACCCCCAGAUCAUCUCCGUUGGAAACAGGGCAGGACUUAUCGAUGAUGCUUUUAACCUGGCCAGGGCAGGGUACCUCCCACAGGGCGUUCCUUUGCAGCUGAUUGGCUACCUGCCAGAGGAGACGUCCUUCCUUCCAUGGCACGCUGCCAGCCGAGCGCUCUACCAACUGGACAAACUGCUGGACCGCACAGAUGAAUACAGGCUGUUCAGUGACUAUGUGCUGAAGCAAGUUGCAUCACGAUACCAUCAGAUGGGUUGGCCGACGAAUGGCCCUGGCACAGACGCUAAUGUCCUGCAAGCAUCCUACCAGACUGAGGAGUUGCAGAGGGAGCUUAUUAUGUUAGCUUGCAGCUUUGGGAACAAACAGUGCCACCGUCAGGCCGUCGCCUACAUCUCUGACUGGAUCUCCAGCAACAAGAACAGGAUUCCUCCUAACAUCCGUGACAUAGUUUACUGCACUGGAGUCAGCCUGAUGGAUGAAGACGUGUGGGAGUUCAUCUGGAUGAAGUUUCACUCUUCCAAUGCUGUUUCAGAGAAGAAGAUCCUCCUGGAGGCCCUGACCUGUUCAGACAACACCUUUCUCCUCAACAGGCUGCUGAACCUGUCUCUGACCUCAGACCUGGUCCCGGAGCAGGAUGUGAUUGAUGUCAUCAUCCACGUGGGCAGAAACCCUCAGGGUCGGAACCUGGCCUGGAGAUACUUCCGAGAAAAGUGGGACAUCCUGAACGCUCGAUACGGUGAAGCUUUGUUCAUGAAUUCAAAACUCAUCAGUGGAGUCACAGAGUUCCUCAACACUGAGCGAGAACUCAAUGAGUUAAAGGAGUUCAUCCUUUCCAGCGGUGUGGGGGCGGGGCCUGCAUUGCCGCGGGCGCUGGAGGUUGUUGAGGGCAACGUGCGCUGGCACCGCCUCCACCGGCGGCAGUUCUACCAGUGGCUACGCAAACCUCCCAGCGCCACCUUCGGCUAACACCGCCGGCAAGCUAGUGAAAUGACUGCAAACUGACUGCUACGCUAACGCCCUGCUAGCUAGCAGAUGCAGUCAGAUGGAAGGGAAAGACGACUGAAAAACGAGGAAGACUCGAAUGGUUUCUUUACUGCUUUUGAUUUUUAAAGAACUUUAAUUUCAUUCUUUUUAGCUCCACUGGAUUGCUUUCCUCCACUUGUGGCUGAUGUGGUUAAAUUGGUUUCUGUGCUAUGAAAUAAGUGUAGCCUCCUUUAAGGGUAAAGCUGUAAGAUCACUUGCAGUCAUUGAAAGAAGAACCAGAUUAAAAAUGGCCAGCAACCUGAAAUGACCAAGGAUUUCCCCAAAUAUCAAACAUUCACAGUCUAGGUAAAACAAAAAAACAAAAAAAAAAAAGAGACAGCCCAUGGGGACAACUUAAAAUGACAAAAAUUAGCAUUCAAUGACUGAUGUGCGAUACUAGCUUUUCUUUUGCUUUAAUAAUGAGAACCUAACCAGUAGAAAACAUUUGAUUGUUUAGGUUCAACCAUAAAUUGACUUGAAAGGAACCAAAACAGACCAUGCAACACAUCCAGAACAAAGAAAACGUUACUCUUAGACAAAUCAUAGGUGUAAUUGCCUGCAUUUUCCAUCCAUUUUCUCUCUGCAUUUUGAUUGGCUAAUUAAAGCUACAGCUUGGGGUUUUCAGCCCUUCAUGGCUGUGAUCCUUGCUGCUAACCAAAGAUCCAGAAGAGUUUAAUCGGUCCUGCCUGUGUUCACCACAUUAAACCGGCUGACGGUAAAAGGCAGAUGCCCCGGCAGUCAGGAGCAUGUCGAUCACUGAACAGAGCUGUAAUUAACACUACAUGGACUCGGUGUCCUCUGAUCACACUCAGAGGACUGAUUCAUACUCAUUAACGUUCCACAGUGUUCACACUGUUCAGCCUGAAAUUAAAGAGCAGCUUUUGGGGUUGUUUUUUUCAAGAUCAAAA